AUGUCAUCCAUCCCCAUGGACCCCUCAUCUUCCCUGACCUCACAAAACAAGGUCCCAGGGCCUCCUCUUAAAGAUCUCCUCAUCACACUAGACGAUGCAAUCACAUCCUUCUACACCUCUCCUCUCAUCACUGCCCACCGUUGUGCUCCAACAAUCGCCUCUUUAAUCUCACAUCUCGAUCAUUCUCCUUCUCUCCUCUACGCACAUCUUGCUCUAGACUUUGUCACCCCAGUCUCUGUCUCAUCUCGCGGCUCCAAGUCCGUCCACGAGCUAGUUAAAUUUCACACAAAACUUAGUCUCCUUAACUCCAUUGCGACCUCACCUGAAAUCGUAGCUGCAUCAACAGCACCAGUCUCCCCUGCACGCACUGUAUUCUACUCAAUUGCCCUCUGGCAUAUUGCCUCUAAACUCGUAGCAGCAAGCCCUCGCGAAAAAAUCCAGCCUUGGGGGUAUCUCUGGCUUCUCUGUGUUGCAAACAAUGCCCAUCAUAUCCCUAAAUCAACGUUGGCCGCCUCUCCAAACAUUCUCCCAGCUCUCAUCGAAGCUGCUGAAUCUUCCUCAUCAUCAUCUUCUUCUUCUUCUUCUUCUUCUUCUUCUUCUUCUUCUUCUUCUUCUUCUUCUUCUUCUUCUUCUUCUUCUUCUUCUGCUGCUGCUGCUGCUGCUGCUGUUCAUCUUCUAGCUGCAGUUUACGUGGUUCAUAUUUAUACACCAGCUCUUCACCAGCGUGCGUAUGAGUUUUUCAGCAUGGACACGCAAGCUACUACCACAACCCAUACCACAGCCUCCCCGAACCUUGUUGUUGUCAAUAAAUGGAACUCUCUUUUUAAGCCUUGUGUCAAACCUAAAUCAGCAACAACCCAAAGCAUCUUUCGUAUCCUUCGCCGUUUAACCGUCACUCUCUCAGACACUGAAACUCUCAUAAAACUAAUUGACAAUGAUAACGACGAUGACACUGAUAACGAUGACAACGACAUUAUCAAUAAUAAUAAUAAUAAUAUUAAUAAAAACAACAAUCAACCAUCUGCAUUCCUCCAACCCCGCUUAGCAACUGUCUUUUCUGACGUUUGUCUUGCAGACUUGUCUUCCAUGGCACAACUAUUUGUCACUUGCAAAAAUAAAUGUGAUGAGCUCUCCAAAAUACUAACCUUUGACCGUCAAAACAAAAACAACACUUUUGCAGAAUCAAUUCUCUCUGAUAUCUUGAACAUGUGCUCUUCAAACCACAUUUUCCAAGACCUCACUGUCGCUCAUUUCUGUGCAUCGGAAUCUCUUUUUAACCUCCUAGACAAGACUUGUACCCAAGGCACAACACUAGCAACCAGAGACUAUGCCUCCGAACUCUACAACCUUUUGGCACGUAAGGCUUUGGUCAACCAAAGUGACAUGGUCCCAUUUGUGCUCCCAGUCUCUGUGGCUACCUCCCUCGCAGUCCCUUCCUCUUAUAUUCGCUUCCCAGGAUCGGUCAAAUUCCCCUACCUCAGCAUCAUCCUUGAGACAAUCGACAGCAAGGGUGAAAUAUUGAAAAACAUUAAUGAAUCGCAGCUCUUAUGUCUAGCUAUCAAAAACCUUGAACGCGAUGCAGAGUCCCCCAUGUUCCUGCAGGCUAUGGUAUAUGACCUUGCUACCUAUGACUGUUCCAUGUCCCUCGUUGCUUUAUUCAGCCACCUACUCUACCUCCUUUCCACACACCUUAUGGUCAUCCUUUUUGGUACAGCUUCUCCAGACUACCUUAAACGCAUUUUCAUUCACCCUGAGGUUCCACCUUUGCCUUCACAACCUUUCCCACAACUUGCACCCACAGCCGUCUCUCGCCAAGCCCUGGAGGCCCAGCUCGAGUCGCGCGAAGACAUAUACCACUGUAUUCAGUUGCUUGCCCGCCUUGUCAACCACAGCUUGCCCUCGUCACUGGUCUUCUGCAGCCUUCCUGAGGGCAAGGCCAAGGACAUUCUCAUCAAAGGCGAAGCAUGCACAGUUCUAGGCGCUUAUUCUGUUGCAUACGACUUGUCAAAGCUUCUCAAUGAUGUGCAUUUGGAAUCAACUGUCCGAGACUAUAUGCGGGUCACGGUCUCGGCACCAUAUGGGGUAUACGGACGUAUAACAAUAGUGGAACUCCAUAACCACCUAGCCAACUGGAAGUCGUUGGAUGGGCUUUAUCAACAAAUUGAAAGCCUAGUGACCUGA